AUGAAGAGAAAACAGUUUUUUCAUGGCAUUAGAGUGUUGUUCAGCACAUUUUGUUAUCUUCAUUUGGGUACUACGACACUUGCCUUUCCGAAUGACAGUAAUCCUAAAGAGGUCUCGAAUGAUUUUAUUUGUGCUGGCUCAUAUUUCAGCGCACAUAUUUUAGAAGAAAAUGUUAAGAAAAUUUGCAGGGAGUAUGUGAACGCAAAACCUAGCAGUAAAUAUCCCGCAAGGCUAGAAGAUAAUGGUUUAUUUGGAAGUGUUUCCGAUUCUCUUAUCACAGGGUCUCUUAGGUAUAUAAAUGAUCAAUACCUUACGGGCCACAUAGGAAAUAGUCGUAUUGUUAUCGACAUGGACUGCAGGUUUUUUGGGGUUGUGAUAUACAGAAAAAAUAAAAACCCCGAACCCUGCAUCGAGCUUUCUUAUCCAAUAAAAAAUAGUGUUACUAGCCCUCAUUUGAAUUAUUUUGAAGGCUAUAACUGUACCAAGGCUGUAUUUAGCGACGAAUACGUCAAAAGGUCCUUAGAAAGAGCAAGUGAAAUAAAGACGCGAAGUAGUAAAGAAUACCCUCGUAAAUCCAUAUUAAACGGACGAAGCGUGUUGAAAUGGCCAUUAUUUGCAACCUGCAUUUACCCUAACACAAAAUAUUUUCUCCUGUUCACGGAAUCAGGCCAAAUGAUAGGUGUCCGAGAACACAGUGGAGAUGAAGAGUUGGAAUGUCAACCCAUAAAAGUAGGCCUCGUACCUCAUGGAACUCGUUUGAAGUCACUGCACACACCAGAUACUGUUGACCAAGAAAAUGCUGUGAGGUACGAUUGUGACGGUGAGAUAUUUAGGGGCUACUACGUCACGAAAAACGUGAGAAUGGCUACGGAUGCUCACAAUCAUUAUCUCUUAAAAAAAAAUAGCAAAUAUAAUUAUCCUACUAAGCUGAAAGUACGCAGUAGUGCGUGCCCUUCUGGUAAAUGGCAAUGGCCUCUACGUAGGCACAUUGCAGCGAUAAAAGCUACACCAUCUAUAUCUAGUGUUGUUUUGGUUUUCAAUCGAAAAUUCAGUUUUCUCGGAGUAUAUUAUGUCCGUCACAGAGAGCACAUAAAAUGCAAUAAGUAUUUCGUGCAGGAAUCCUCUGAAAACGCAAGAGCGAGACCUUUUCCAGACUUAAAUGUUCCUACUUCAUGCUGCCUACAUUGUAUGGACAACAAUGGAUGUUGUUGUCCAGAAACUAAUGAGACAUUUAGUUGA